AUGCCGUCCAAAGGGAGUCAUUCCAACUCUCUGCCUGAAGCACGAGGCCUCAAGUAUGACGAGUCGGAUAUGGCACUGUUCCACGCCAAAUUGUCCUACCACUCCACCAUCGAGGAACGCAUGGCUUCGAAAGACACCAACCUGGCAUCCAUAUCUGAGCACCAGGCCCGGAUUCUCAAGCGCUGGGAGAUGCUCAAGCAGGUGGAGAAGGAGAUGGUGGACAAAGGGAAAAGUCUGUCGCCGGCGGAGAAGAAGCAGUUGGCACAAUAUGAAUGGCGAUACAAGCGACUCGAAGAACUGGCGACCAAGACGACAGGAGGUUGA